AUGCUAACAGUUUUCAAAACAACAAUAACACAGUUUUUUCGCAAAUAUCGAAAAAUAGAGAUUAAGCCUGUUAAGCUCAAAUCUUCUCAGUCUGGUCACAAUGGUGAAAAGUCUAAACAAGAUCCGCCCCUUGAUAUUGCUCAACAACCCGUCAUCAAAACAUUCCCUGCUAACACUUUGGAAGAUAUGGCUCCUUUUCUCUCCCAGUAUGCUCUUGUCAUGUAUAACAUGGACCAGGUAAUUAAACUUGAUGCGGAGGAGGGUACUAGUUACCUUGUUACUUUCACAGCCUCCUUGCGUGAUAAGAGCAAGAUUGUUGAGACCUUCGAAACACAUAUAUGUGUGCCUAGCCUCUUCCCAACUAUGAUCUUGGAAAUAAGGGAUAUCAGUCGCAGGGAUUUGCUUGCAACAGUGCCUGUGGAGGAGCAGAAGGGAACAAAGAAACUAGUUGCUAAAUAAAGUCAUCUGCAUGUGUAUUAUGUUUAUAAAUUGGUCAUUGUUUUGACCAUUUGAAACAAAUGAUUAGAUUUCUGUCCAAGCUCGUUAUGUUUAUGUUAAGAAAGCUAAGCCCAAUUACCUACACGGUUCCAUGUUUUUGGUGG